AUGGUUAAGGAAAGGUGUCAGAAAAAGUCCUUUCAAGAUAGUCUUGAAGACAUUAAGAAGCGAAUGAAAGAGAAACGGAAUAAAAACUUAUCAGAGGUUGGCAAACGCAAGUCCUUUAUUGUUGCACCAUGCCAAGUACCCACUAACACUGCGACACUGCUGAAAAAUUACCAAGAUAACAACAGGUUGUUAGUUUUGGCUUUGGAAAAUGAAAAAUCCAAAGUGAGAGAAGCCCAAGAUAUCAUCCUACAGCUGAGAAGAGAAUGUUACCAUCUUGCAUACCAGCUAUAUACAGUGAAAGAGAAGCUAACUUCCCAACAAAGUGAAGACAUUGAUCAGAACCGGAACGGAUGUAUCUCAGAAGUGGUCUCCAGUAGUGACAACACCAUCAGAGACUUGUCUGUGAAGACCUUACAGCAAAUUGCUCUUGAAGAAAAUGACUGGUCUUUCCAAACCAAAGAAACAAGUUCUACUGUUACUCUAGACACACUGGGGAGUGAUUUUGAUUCAGGUAAAGUCGAGUCUACUGAUGACAUCUUACCUAAGACUGUGUCUUUCCGUCACCACUUAAAGAAAGAUUUUAGUAAUGUAAGUUGCUCCGCUGCUUUGGAUGACUGUGAAGCCAGUCACUGGGUGGAACAGUCUUUGGAAGUUAGAAGAAGUGAAUGUAAAGACCCAACUAUAACUCUGCACAAACUUGAAAAUGUUGAACAAAAUGUUUGUCUGUGGAACAAGGACCAAAUUAACUUAUCCCCUAGACUGACGUACCCAGGAAAGGAUGCUAAAACAAAAGUCAUUUUACCAUCUGAACCCGAACAAACAGAAAGUAAGCAUCAACGUGCACAGAAAAGAGCACAGCGGAGAAGAGCCAACCAGAAAUGCAAAUCAAAAUCCUCACUGAGGUGUAAAGGAAAGAAAAGCAAAGAUAAGCACACUUUACAACCCACAAAAUUGGAUAGGUCUCUUGGUUCUGGCGACGCUUAUGAUUUUAAUGUGGAAGAGAGUGUUCAUCUUACCCCUUUCCGACAAAAAAUGAGCAAUGGCUCCAGUGAAGAAAUUAACAGUGUUGACCAGGAAGGGAAUGCUUUUGAUCUGAGUGCCUCUGAGGAUGAGUCCAGUGACAUCUACCUGCCUCCUUGCAAGCACUUGAUACACCACACCAGAGAAUCAGACAGACCAGUCACCAGGCCUCGGCCUAAAAGAGAACUCAAGUACAGGGAUGAAAGAGAUAAGAAGACUCUGCCAACCAGAACUCCUACCAGUGUGUCGUGCAAGAAUCAAGAAUUAUCUGGUUGUAGCCUAAAGGAUGUCACCAAUAUCCUGCUGUCUCCUGUAGUGAAAAUCAGGAAACUUUCUCUGUCUCUAAAAAGGCAUGAAGAUAGCCCAGCCGUGCCUCUGCCUAAGCGCAGGUGCACCACCAUCACAAGCUAUAAGGAGCCAACACUCGCUUCGAAACUGAGAAGAGGAGAUCCUUUCACAGACUUGUGUUUCUUGGAUUCUCCUAUUUUCAAGCAAAAAAAGGAUAUGAGACGUUCUAAAAGAAGUACAAAGCACACACAGUAACUCCUUUGGUUGCAUGCUAUCAAAGAGGAUCCUUCUCUGUUGCCUGAUAGAGUCUGUGAGGCAGUGUGCAGUGGGCAGAACCAAUCUAAAAUUUCUCCAGCAGGGAAUUUCAGAGUUGAAAUUUUAUAAAGAUAGAAUGUGGAUCUUUCGUGAAUCCUUGACCAUAAGACAUAAGUUGCUGAGAAUCCCUUAUUCUACUAUCAGAUUGAGUCUUUGGGUAAACUAUAUGUGGAAUCAUGAUUAAGAGAAUUGGUAGUUUGGUUCUGGGACAAGGUUGUGAACUCUGUGUGACAUCAUUCUUCAUCAGAAUCGACCUCAGGCUACAAGUCAGAAGUCUACAAGUAUAAAUAUGUGACUAGUAAGUUUCUGGGUUUGAUGUAUGUAUUUAAUGAAAUAAUUGAACUUCUGCAGGUAUGUAUAUAUUUCUUUAAACUGAAAUUACUAUAAGUGGUCCAUUUUUAAAGAACACUGAAGUGUGGCCAUUGUGGUGACCACAGUAUAUAUAAAAUCUGGCUGUACAUAAUGGUGGCCAUUGUGUUUUCCUUCAGCU